AGUUCACGUCCAGCCGUAGAUGUUGUUUGUGAGUUCUUGGCCACCGUGGUUGUUGGGAUUUUUGGACAAUUUUUUUCGCUCGAUGCGUUCUUCGUGCACGACUGACUUCUUUGAGAGCUAAAACGAAAUAAUGAAAAGAAAAGGAAUGUUUCGUUUCGAAAUUUACAUCCGAGGUAUUGUUCUUCUUCUUUUUUUUCUUUCUCUUUUAGGCGGGCUGGGGCUGCGUGCCUUUCAGUGCCUUUACGCGAAUAUCAUGACGACAAGAGUUCCGUAGAAAGGAAACCAAUUUUUCCUCGAGCUGUUCAUGCGUCUCUUCUCUUCUCUUCUUUUUUUUUUGGUAGAAAAGCGCCCAAGCAAUUGUAAAGCGCGGUUUGGAUUAGUGUGGAAAGGCCGUCGCUCAUACGCAUCCAUCUUUAAACCGUGCGUCGCCACGAAUUCAGCAGGAGAGAAGAUGAGCACAGUCGGAGGACAAAUGACGCAUCGCCCCUCAGUGAAGUGCGCCUCCGUGUGUCUUGUCAGGUGUGCCCCCACGCUGAAUCCGCAGCUCAACAGGGGGACGGCGUUUGCUUUCCCUCCCGUCACGACGGGGCGUGUCUGCAACGGCAUGCACCAAGGUCCGCUUCCGUCACUUUUUUUGCCUUUUUUCCUCCUGAGCCUCCCUUUCAUUCGACGCUCGCGCGAGUGAAUAGCAGCAUCACAAUUUUGAACCUGCCGUCAUCUAGGCGCUGCUUGUUGCAGCGGGUCGGUUUAUUCAAAGCAGCACGCCUACAUUUGCUAUUUUCUUUCCUCUUCUUUCUGCCGUUGCGCCACGGCACACAUGGAAAAAGUGCUGGCGAGGUCCUCGCUGCUGUCUUUCCCGCUGGGGCACACUCUCGUGCGGCUGCAUGAAAAGGAGCGGCACGCGGCGGCCUUUUUCGCACGGUGCGUCGCACCGGCAGCAAAGCCGUGUGCAGCUGUGUGCAAAGAGGAUGGCAGCGGUGUUUUGGUGAACGGUGCGGUGGCCAACUGGUUGCACCCCAUCCCGUUACAUGGCGGUAGUUCUUUCUUGACUGUGCCGCUUUCACAGACUGUGUACGUCGGCGAGGACACGACGCAGCCGCGCAAUGUGUUCGUGGUGGGCUCGCAGGAGGUGGAGAGCGACUACGCGGAGCACCGUGACUGGGUCGCUCCCAUGUCGGUGUUUCCCGCGUUGAGCGCCGCCGAGCAGUCCCUCCUGAGUCUGGCGCUGUCGCUGAAGCAGUGGGCUGCGCUGACUCCGUUUUGUGCGCGCUGCGGCAGCUCGAUGCACUCGACGGACUACGGUCUGACGCGUGCCUGCACGGGCUGCAAAAAUCGCAUUUACCCCCCGGUGGUGCCGGCGAUGAUUGUGGCGGUGCUGGACGGCAAAGGCAGCGUCAUCAUGUCGCAGCGUCUUCGGCCUCACAAGGAUGCGCGCGGUAAGCCGAUGCGUACGGUGCUGUCGGGCUUUGUGGCCCAGGGAGAAUCGAUGGAGGAGACGGUUGUGCGCGAGGUGCUGGAGGAGACGGGUGCGAGGGUGACAAGUCUGCGGUACGUCGGCUCGCAGCCGUGGCCCACGCCCUACGAGCUCAUGACAUGCUACUACGCGGUGGCGGAGGACAGCCCAAAUAUUACUGCGGACGCAGACGAGCUGACGAGUGUGCAUUGGGUGCCCAAGGCAGAGGUGCGACAGGCUUUGGCAGGCCAGCACCCCGACUAUGCCGUUGUGCCCGACUUUACGGCGGCGCACGUGCUACUUUCCAAAUGGGCGAACGGAGAGGUGGAUGACCGCGGCCAGCCGACGCGCAAGGAGUAG